AUGCAAACCAGAACAUUCCAUUUGUCCCAUCUUCAAAUCUAUCUCCCUAGUCCCUUCCCUUCCUUGAACUUCAUGUUGUCUUUAUUUAUCUCACAUCCAUAUGUGUGUUAAGUUUGCUACCAAAUGCCCUUCAAGCAUUUGUAUAUAAAUUCAUUUACAUCUCUUCCAUUUGUUCACAUUUUUCUUUAGCAUUUGCAUCUCCUAGCGAAGAAACUAUAGAGAUAAAUGGGAGAUUGGGCCCCAGUGAUUAUAGGCUUCGUGCUGUUUGUGUUGUUUUCCCCUGGAUUACUGUUCCAGCUCCCAGGCAAAGGCAGGGCAGUGGAAGUUGUAAAUUUCCAAACAAGUGGCAUCUCCAUUUUUGUUCACUCCCUUCUUUUCUUUGGCUUUAUGGUUAUCUUCAUCAUUGCCAUUGACGUUCACAUAGGUAGUGGAUAAGUCAUCCACUACAUAUAACACUUUUUUUUCUUUACUUUAGUUAUAUUUUCAGUUUGUCAUAUGGUUAUUGUAUUAAUUUGAAUUUGGCAUAUAUAGAGCUAUGUAUAGAAGGUUGCUGUAACCAAUAUCCUGCUUCUUAGUGAGUUGCAAC